UCGUCAGUCCAGUCGGCCCACUCGGAUCGAAUUUGCAUUUCUUUAAUUGACGGUUCAAUUCUUAUCAAUGGAGUGAUGAUGAUAAUAUCAUUGUAACCCCUCUUUUGUUAACGGUCUGGGUGAGUCAUAGAAUAACCAGUCAGAAAGAAAGAAGAAGAAAAAAGAAAAGAAAAAUGGACCCCACCGUCCUCCGCGAACUCUCCCGACUCGACCCCGCGGUCCCAUUCCGCGCGUCCACCCAUCACAUCCAUCACACCUGGGCCAAAACGUUAUACUCCCGCCCCGAGCUCUACAUCCAACCGCAGUCGCUCGCAGAGAUUCAUAAAGUGGUGACCUUGGCGCGACGAUGCCGUCGACGACUCGUAACUGUCGGCAGCGGCCACUCGCCGUCCGACCUGACCUGCACGUCCGCCUGGAUGGUGAACCUGGACGGGUUCAACCGCGUGUUGGAGGUGGAUCGCGAUACAAGCAUGGUGACGGUGGAGGCGGGUAUCCGGCUGCGCGACCUCGGAGAGGAGCUGGAGCGACGCGGGCUGACGCUGUCGAAUUUGGGGAGUAUUGAUCAUCAGUCGAUCGCGGGGGUGAUCGCGACGGGGACGCAUGGGAGUUCGCUGCGCCAUGGGCUGCUGUCGGAGUGUGUUGUCGCGUUGACGCUGAUGCUGGCCGAUGGGCGCCUGGUGCGGUGCAGUGAGACGGAGAACCAGGCGCUCUUCCGCGCGGCGCUCAUUUCGCUCGGUGCGCUCGGCAUCGUUGUCGAGGUGACGUUCCAGGCGGAGCCGAUGUUUAAGGUCGCGUGGCGACAGGCUCGGGUGGACUUGUCCGAGGUGUUGGCCAAGUGGUCGGGCCCGCUGUGGACGUCGCAUGAGUUUGUCCGUGUCUGGUGGAUGCCGUAUCAGCGGAGUGCGAUUGUCUGGCACGCUGACAAGACCGAUCGUGAAGUGCGUGCGCCGCCGACGAAUUUCUAUGGGGGCUCCCUGGGGUAUCAUAUCUACCAUAAUCUGCUGGCGCUCUCUAACUACUUCCCGCGCAUCCUGCCGUGGGUGGAGUGGCUCGUGUUCGGUUUGCAGUACGGGUUCAAAGCAGGCGCGACGGUCACGGAGGCCGUGCAGCCCGCCCGCGACGGACUGCUGAUGAACUGUCUCUAUUCGCAGUUUGUCAAUGAGUGGGCGCUGCCCCUGGAGAAGGGCCCCGAGGCUCUCAUCCGUCUGUCGGCCUGGUUGAACGGAGAUGUCGAGACGGCGCGCAUUCCCUUCCCCGUCGACGGUCUGUGGGUGCAUUGUCCGGUCGAGGUCCGCGUCGCCGACUCCACGCACAACACUAGGCCCCGUCCGUUCUUGGACCCUACCUGCCACGAUGGACCGACCCUGUACCUCAACGCCACCCUGUACCGGCCAUAUCUCCGGGACCCGCCUUGCACGGAACGGUACUAUGAGGCGUUCGAGUGGCUCAUGCGGGAGGUGGGCGCGAAGCCACACUGGGCCAAGAACUUUACGACCGGCCGCCAGGAGCUGCGAAAGAUGUACGGCAAAGACAUGGACGAAUGGUUGAAGGUACGACAGGAGGUCGACGCGGAGGGGAUGUUCCUCGGCGAAUGGCACCACCGGACUCUGCCCCUGCCCGGUGUUAGUAAUGACGAUGAAUCAUCGGAAUCUGCGAAGUCGACUGCUCUGCCGCUCUUGGAGCGCGAAAAGGCUCGUCGGCCGGCUAACUUCCGCGGUGCCGGCGAUGGCCAGGAGUGGAUUGGCGAUAGGGCAGGCCAGGGGAGCACAGGGCUCCAGGAUGUGUUGCUCAAUCGAUCUGAGAAACCAUGCCCCAGUCCUCCCACGAGCGAGGAGAGUUUCGACUUCCUCGCUGCCAGCGAGGCCAGUGGGAUUCUUCCUAACGAGCGCACGUGAGACGGUGGAGACGAUCUGACUGGGGAAGAGAAGCCUCAACG